AUGGGGUCAGAGGCUGGUAUCAACACCAGAGCUACCUUCACCAGAGACUUUGUGAGACACAGCACUCAAAGAAUCCUCGAUAGAAAUGCAUGGGGACCCCAUGGCCAUGUAUCACAAGACCUAAGCAGAAAAUCAUCAAUGGAGAAGGGUGCACCAUCACCAGUGCCAGCCCCAGGUCCCAAGGCACCAGACCUGCCACACAGGAUAGAGGACUGGACCAGAGAGGAUGUUCGUGGGUGGUUACUGACCAAUCUGAGGGUGUCACAGGAGUAUGCUGACAAACUCUAUGAUGAAGAUGUUUCAGGAGCCAGUCUUGCCUACUUCGAAAAAAAAGACUUAAUUGAGUUAGGCAUUCGGCAUGGACCUGCAGUUUUAAUUGUUAAAAAUGUAGAGAAGCUUAAGAAAACCUCAGAUGGCUUAGAUAAAUGUUCUGAUACCAAAGAAACAGCAAAAAUGUGUGUAGGUAAGGAGCUCCAGACUGCUAACAGUCCAAAAAUGGAUCCCACCGAUCAAAUGGAAGCUAGGAGAGCUUCAGAACAGGCCAUGUCAAGCAGCUGGACAGAAACGGAGCAGAGCACUGCGUCUCCAGUACAUAUGAAUCAACACCAGAGCCAUGAUUCCAAGAAGGACAUAAAGCCCAAAAUAAAACAAGCUGAUGCCCCUUCUGCAUCUAAACAUCUGCCAGUCGAAAAACGAAUGUGCCAACCACGUCCCUUUGACCAGAACUGUCCAUCCUUUAUGUACACACAACAUGACCUGCUUCCUCCAGAGACAGGACCAACCAAUCUGAUUGAUCCUAUCCAUGAGUACAAACUAUUGAAUAACACAGAGAAUGCCAGUGAGAAAGAGAUUCUUCAUAAAUUCAGCUCAGAGGUGUUCAGGUUUGCCGCUGCAUGCAUGAAUGUUCGGACAAAUGGAACCAUCCAUUUUGGAGUACAAAAUGCACCACACGGUCAGGUGGUUGGCAUAGAUUUGGCUUCACCUGACAAAUACGUUGAUGAGUUUGACUUGCGACUGAAGCAGUAUUUUGAAGAGAACCAAAGUGUUGCACGAGCAUGCAUCAGGCCACCGAAAUUCAUCCCAGUGCAGUGUUUAGAUGGUUCAUAUUCAAAAAAAUGGCUUAUUGAGGUUGACAUUGUACCUACCUAUUCAGAAACUCAAGAGACAUUGUUCUACACUUCUGUCAUUGAAGAGAUUGACAAGAAGAAUUACAAAAUGAAGUGCCUUUAUGUCCGAGAAGGGGCAAAUACCAUUAAUUUACUUGCUGGGAAGAAUCAAAGGAUUGUGCAGGAGAGGGUCAUAGCUGUGUCUGCAGAUGUGCAGACCUGGGCAUCAACUCGCAUGUCCAUGGACAAUGGAAGAUAUCAAAAACUGUCUCAGAGUCAUCAAGGACAAAAGCUACAACAGCUUAUCACUCUCGGUAGAGACACACUUGAGCAAUCCUUGCAAUUUUUGGUUGUUGCAAACAAAUGCCCUGAAAGUGAACUUGAACACCUGAGCUUUUUGAAAGAACUGAAGUUGUUUGCUGUACUCGAUUUUGACCCAGAAUCAGAGGUCACAGGAGCAUGCAGUUUUUUCCGAAAGGAUCGCAUUACUAACCUUCACUUUCCUCGAAUGUACAAUAACUCAGACAGUGUUUCAGCAACUAUAGAAAAGUUAAAUCUCUAUAAACAGACAAGCUGGGUCUUCUGCAAUGGACGGGCAAGUGAGGAAAAUAAGGAUGAUUUACCCUUUGACCCCAGCAACUGGCUGAAGAAACGAGCAGCAGAAGUGAGUGACUUGAUUAAUUUUAUCUGCAAACCUGACAUUCUUCCAAGGGACAGGCUUCUUGUAGUAUUUCUACUUCACUCUGGAAUUACAGAUGUCUCUCACCCCCUCCUUGAAACCUUCUGUACAAUUUACCGGAAACUUGGAGGAGAAGAUAAUAUGCUUUGUAUUUGCAAAGAUUCAACAGUGUUCAGCCAGUGGAAAGAAGUUGUGGGAACACGGUGCCAGAUUGACAUAAGUAGUAAAUGUAUUUACGAGUUGAGCCUGUAUGAGGUAAACUGCACAAUUAAAAAGGUAAAAGAGCCCCAAACUCAGUCAUCACAGCGAUAUUUACCAUCUACUGGUUUGAGCUCUGUCCUCCUGACAAAGAGAGAUGAGGAACUGAUGACCUUCCUUGACAUCCUGAGUGAGAAUGAGUGUGAAAACACAGAGAUCGAGUCCAUGGAAACUUUCAGGGAUUUCAAGAAAAAUAUUGAGGAGACCUUCUAUAGAGGAGGACAAGUGACCUGGUGGAAUUUUUAUCUCUCUGAGAGGCCAGGCUGCUUGCCCUUCAUCAAACGUGAUAAGUAUGAAGAUCUGUACAAUCUGAUGACGCCUACAGGGGGGCACAGUUCCCCAUGCAUCAUCAUCAACUUGUUCCAUCAUCCAGGUUGCGGGGGGACUACUUUGGCAAUGCAUGUGCUAUGGAACCUGAGAAGGAAAUACAGAUGUGCAGUUGUUAAAAACAAUACUGCACAGAACAGUGAGAUUGCAGCCCAAGUCAUACACUUGCUGACCUAUGGGAAAGACCAGCAGUCAAGCUACACCCCUGUGCUACUUUUGGUAGACAACUGGGAUGAUGCUGAGGACUUGCAAAGAUGCAUUCUUUAUGCGGCCCAUGAGAGAAAGCAGGACAGCUUGCUGGUAAUCAUACUAAAUUGCCAAAGAUCCCAGUUCCCUGCCAAAAGUUCCCGAAAGAGUAGAAUCGACAGCAUGUUCAUUACUUAUGAGCUCUCAACCAAGGAACAAGACUUUUUCCACGUGAAGUUGGAAGAACUGAGAGGCCACCAUGACAAACCAGAGACAUUUUACGGUUUUAUGAUCAUGUCUAACAAUUUCAGUGAAACAUACAUAGACGAUCUAGUAUGCAACACUGUCAAGGACCUUAAUGUCUCCACACAUACAGGCCAACUCAUUUCAUUCCUGGCACUACUGAACACAUAUGUCAAUGGCUCUUCCAUGUCCUUGUCACUGUGUGAAGAAUUUGUUGGGAUCAGAAAUGUUCUUUGGGGACAGGAAACAUUGAAGGAUAAAAUGGAUCCUUACUUCACAUUAUUAAUUUGCUUCAAUGUUGAGGAAUUUGGGACAUACCAAGCAGUUCGAUUUCUACACCAGACAAUCGCCAAACACUGUCUUAAGGUUCUCACUGAAAAGUAUCAUCUGAAAUUGAGUGAAAUUGCAACCAACCUCUUGCACUGUGACCUUCUUUAUAAAUCGGGCAUGGGUAAAGACAUACUACUGCAAGACAUUCUAAGUAUGUUAAUCACUCGGCAAAGGAAAGAACUUGGAGAUGAUAAAGACACAUUGUUUUCUCCUUUGGUGGAACAAAUGCCCCUGGCUGAGGGAAAGGAAGUAUUAACACACGCCAUAAAGAGAUUUGACAAGAAUGCAACUGUGCCUCAAGCUCUUUCAAGAAUUUUCUACCUCAAAGAAAAGGAUUUUUCAUCAGCACUGCUGUGGGCCUUGGAUGCCCAACAGAAGAACAACAACUCGUACAUUGCAGACACUCUUGGUCAAGUGUACAAGUGUCGUCUAAAGCAUGAAAUUGAAUGCAAUAAAGAGAUCAGCCCAGACUGCCUGGAUUUGUACUUGGAGGUAGCACUGAAAGCCACGCAAUCUUUCAAAGAUUCACAAGAACUUGCCAAGAGAAAUGAACCCAUGGAUUGUUUUGAGCAAAAAAAUAGAAGACGUCAAGCUGUGUACAAUACAUCUGGAUAUGUUGGUGAAAUGGAUGUGAUCAUAAUCAUCUUAAAUGUUCUUGAGGACAUUUCUUUUGCCAACAAAACUUACGAUCAUCAACAUAGAAUGAGCCAGUUUCUGAAGGGAAACUUACCCAUCAGCGUCCUCUAUGAAACAAGCUGCCCAGUUGAUGAUGCAUUUCUAGCCGUGUUGUCCAGACAUGAGAAAUUCCUGAAAUCGCUGAAGCCAAGGAUGAAGGAGAUCUUUCUAUUCUUUGAGAACUACUUCACAUAUUUGAAACCCAGAUCGAUGGAAUCAAUUUCUCCAGCUGAAGAACGAAACAAAAAAAGAAUCAGAAAAUACAAUGAUUUAAUCACUCUUCUCAAUGAGUUGCUACAAAGUGAGGGAACACACUCAGACCGCACAGAAGUUUACUUCCUUGCCAUGGUACUUCUGUGGCCAGGAAAGGACAGUGCCCUGGAAAUAUCCAAAAACAUCUCUACCUAUGUUACGUCCACAAAGAGGUCCUUCCAUCGCCGCUUCCAUUACAUGUUUCCAGCUAAGAGUUGCAUUGCUCACUUCUACUUGGGAAAGUCAAAGGGUCUAAAGAGGAUUGUCCACAAAGCAAAGAUUGACCAGGCCAUUGACAGUGACAAACAGAAAAAACCCCACCAACUAUGGCAAAGUGGAGCCAUAUGGAAAGAGCCUGGAGUUGACCGUUUGUUGUUGCGAAUAAAAGGGAAAACUGAAAAUGGUGAAAUCUAUGUGUAUCAUCCUGGCAAUCUCAGAAUCCCAGUGCGCCCUGUUUACCUUGGAGGUCUACGUAGUGGACAUAGCAUGGAAGAAGUGUCCUUUUACCUUGGGUUUACCAUGGAUGGACCUGUGGCGUAUGAUCUUAAGUACAUGAAUGACCCAUAA